CCCGCCCCCCGGAGCUGGCGGGCCGCCCGGAGCAGCCGAGAAGCCACUUUGCAGCGGCGACGGCGAGCGGCCUGUGUCCGCGAUGGAGGGCGCUGCGGCCCGGCUCCUGCUCCUGCGCGGCGCCUCGCUGCUCAGAAGAAACGCCUCAGCCUGCCUGUCUUCCUGGAAAACCCCUCAUGUCCUGAAUUCGACCCAGUCAGAACCUCUGCUUCAGCUGAACAGCAAUGGCCUCGGCCCGGCCCCGCUGCACGCACUCACAGAUGAGGAGGAGAUGAUAAAGAACACCGUUAGAAGAUUUGCCAAGGAGAAGAUCGCCCCUUUGGUUUCCACAAUGGACGAACAUUCAAAAAUGGAGACAUCAGUAAUCCAAGGGCUGUUUCAGCACGGGCUGAUGGGGAUUGAAAUUGACACCAAAUAUGGAGGGACAGGCGCUUCCUUUUUCUCCUCUGUCCUGGUGAUAGAGGAACUAGCGAAAGUCGAUGCAUCUGUGGCCUUGGUAUGCGACAUCCAGAACACAAUAAUCAACAACGUGAUUAAAAAACACGGAACAGAAUUACAAAAGGCUACCUAUUUCCCCAAGUUAGCCACAGAACAAGUGGGCAGUUUCUGUCUUUCAGAGGCUGAAGCAGGUAGUGACUCGUUUGCUCUGAAGACCAGAGCGGACAAAAAGGGGGAUUACUAUGUCCUCAACGGGUCCAAAAUGUGGAUCAGCAAUGCAGAGUACGCGGGGCUCUUCCUGGUCAUGGCCAAUGUGGACCCUUCCGCCGGCUACAAAGGAAUCACCUGCUUCAUAGUAGACCGUGAUACUAACGGCCUUCACAUAGGGAAACCAGAAAACAAAAUGGGAAUCAGAGCCUCUUCCACCUGCCCACUGACAUUUAACAACGUCAAGAUUCCAGAAGCCAAUAUCUUGGGACAAAUCGGACAUGGCUAUAAGUAUGCCAUUGGGAGCCUUAAUGAAGGGAGGAUAGGAAUCGCUGCCCAGAUGCUGGGACUGGCCCAAGGCUGUUUUGACUACACCAUUCCGUAUAUCAAAGAAAGGAUACAAUUUGGCAAGAGGCUGUUUGAUUUUCAGGGGCUUCAACACCAAGUGGCUCACAUGGCCACACAGCUAGAAGCUGCGAGAUUGCUGACAUACAACGCCGCCCGGCUUCUGGAAGCUGGAAGACCGUUCAUUAAGGAAGCCUCGAUGGCCAAAUACUAUGCCUCAGAGGUUGCAGGACUAACGACCAGUAAGUGCAUCGAGUGGAUGGGUGGAGUCGGUUACACCAAAGAUUACCCUGUGGAGAAGUAUUUCCGAGAUGCGAAGAUUGGUACCAUCUAUGAGGGAACCUCCAACAUCCAGCUCAACACCAUCGCACGGCACAUCAGAGCUGAAUACUGACACCCAGCAGGAGUGAGCCUUUGGCACGUGGAUAUCACUCAUGGGAAGUGCACAACGCGUGUGCCCCAGGGGUGAGAAGGGCCCCCACAGCUCUUAGGGGUUUCACGAAGCCCUUAGUCGUGGAUCCCGAGGGGCAGCUGCCCUAUUUUAUCUUUCAGUCUGCUUCGCUUAGGCACGGGGAACCCACUUGUUUAAAAUCUGGGAAGAAACACAUCCAUGUUUUUCCCCAAAGCUCUUUUUUUUUUUAUAGCUCUAUAUGGAUUAUUGUUCUCACUCUGGAAAAUGCAGAGGUUUAACUCUGUCCACAUCUGGAAAAACAAAGACAUGUAAAGGUCCUUCUUACUGGACUUAUUUCUCUUUUAUAGUCUCAUUGUAGUGUCAGAGGAAUGUUCACUAUAGUUGAGAAUUCAAUAGUAAAGGUAAAUUCUGUUUCGUUGGCAAACUUUGGCAAAAACUGAUUUAAAAAAAAAUCUGUUUAGAGGGUGCCGGGCAGUGACGCACCCGAUGAAGCUCACACAGUACUAAGCACAAGGACCCGGGUUCAAGCCCCCACUUCCCACCUGCAGCGAGGAUGCCCCAGGAGCAUCAGCAGGCCCGGAGCUGUCAUUUUUCUCUCCCCCUCUAUCUACCUCUCCUCUCUCAAUUUCUUUCUGUCCUGUCAAAUGAGAAAAAAAAAUCUGUUUAGGAAAAAAAUCUCCAAGUUCUAGUUCCAAAACUGAGAAUGAGUCAUAGGCUUACAUGAUCCUGGAGUCAGAUAAUGGGAGGAAAUACUUAGCAAAGGAAGACAGUACUGCUUAUUACCAUGAUUGAAUGGUACAGAAGUUGUGUUUUGAGGCUGUUUCAAUCAGAUCAUUUAAAAACAGGUUUUCAGUAAAGUUUUGCUUUAGUAAUCAGAAUGUAUUCAGGAUUAUAAGUGUCACCAUGAUGCAGUGCUUUUCAAUAGUAUAAAUCCUUCCUGCUUAAAUCGAUUACUGUUUCCUCAAACUUAGAUGUUAGAAUGUAUCAUGAGAGUAACUCAGAAACUAUGUUCUGGUUUAGUGAUUCACCAGGAGAUGUUUUACUCCCUCAUAAAAAUUACAAACUCUAUUAAGGAAGAGAGGAUAGAAAGGACUGUGUAGUUUGAAAAAGUGUAUUUAGUAGCCUACAACUAAUUGUAUAAGUCAAAAGGAAAUUUUGGUCUAUUUUUUUUUUACAACACAAAUCAUAGAAAGGUAAAACUCAACAAAAUAUCUAGUUGGCAUUGCAGUUUUUUAAUGCUAGAGAUUUACCAGUCAGGAACAGACACUUCACACCCCACUCCAGAGGUGUACAUAUCCCCGGCUCCCUCAGAAAGAAGGCAGACAGUGGCAGGUAAGAGUUUAAAUUUUUCAAAAAGGGAUUGCUGCCAUUGAGUGGGAAGUAACUUAAUACUUUGAUGAAAGAAGGCGUAAUAUUGGUUUUAAGAAAACAAAAAAACUUGACAUGGUCUAAGUGAUUUUUCUUUGCUUAUCAAAUGGAGUUAAUUCUUAGUAUGCAAAUUAAUGGGUUACACAUUCUGCACUGUAUAUGAUACAUGCAAUUGAGAAAUAGCUGUUUCCCUAAAACAUCAUGAAGAAAUAUGGACAGAUGUAGACCUUAGAUCAGACAAGAUAGAAAGUGUACUUGCCUUUCCAACUGGGAGAUGCUGUAAAGCCCCUCCUCCAGUCCCUGGGAACAUGGCCACAGAGCAACCUCAGGAGGAAAGUAGGGGAAGGGAGGAUGAACUCCCCUACAGUGGAGGACACCUUUAAUUUCUUUUUUUUUAAUAUUUAUUCAGUCUCCUUUUUGUUGCUCUUUUUUUUUUUUAUUUACUUAUUUUCCUUUUUUCUGCCCUUGUUUUUUAUUGUUGUGGUUAUUAUUGUUGUUGUUGAUGUCGUUCGUUGUUGGAUAGGACAGAGAGAAUGGAGAGAGGAGGGGAAGACAGAGAGGGGGAGAGAAAGACAGACACCUGCAGACCUGCUUCACCGCCUGUGAAGCGACUCCCCUGCAGGUGGGGAGCCGGGGGCUCGAACCGGGAUCCUUCCGCCGGUCCUUGCGCUUGGCGCCACGUGCGCUUAACCCGCUGCACUACUGCCCGGCCCCCUAAACCUUAAUUUUAAAAAUUGGCAGUGUUCUGAAUGAACAGAGAACAGUUGCAGAUUCACUAGGUGUUACUGUCAGUAGAUGGCACCUGUCUUCCGUCUUCCUCGAUGGCAAGUCAUUGUGUCACUUUGCCAUCAACCAGAGAAGAUGCUUUGGGUUUCUGCUGCCAUUCUUCCCCUCAAGUUUUUUUUUUUUUUAAAUAAAGACUUUUUUAAAAAAAUUAUUCAUUUAUUAAUGAGAAAGAUAGGAGAGAGACAACGAACUAGACAUCACUCUGGUACAUGUGCUGCCAGGGAUUGAACUCAGGACCUCAUGCUUGAGAGUCUAAUGCCAUAUCCAUUGCACCACCUCCCAGAGCACUCCCUUCAAGUUUUUAAUAACCAUGAAUCUGGGGGCGUUAAAACUACCUGUCUUGUUUAUAUCUAAGGGAGGCUCUGAGCUUAUCCGCCUCCUAAAACUUAUCAUUGAUAAUUACUGUUUGGUUAUUGGAUGAUUUGGUGGCGGUGGGGCUCUGAUGGCUGAUGGUAGAGGCGUGAACACAAACACCAAGGACCCAGCUGCUUGAGGGUGGAGCUGGACUCCACACCGCCGCCCCAAGGGAGCGUUCUUGGAGGCUUCACUUUAUAACAUGAACACCCCUCCGCAUCAUAAAAAAAAAAAAGUCUGAAUCACAGCGAGUUAAACCCAGACAGACUUAGAGGACAGAGACAAGAGUCCGACUCCCAGAGCCCUCUCCCAUCUAGCUAGCGUUUCUGCUUAAGCCAAUUUGAAUUUCAGCCUUAUUAUAGGUCGAUAUGGUCGCUGAUUCAUCUGAGAUUUUUAAGUGAUUGAGAAUUAACAUGUUAGAAGUAUUAUGAUCAGUCAUUGUCAUUGUGUAUACACGUUCGCCACCUUCCAAACCAAACACCGGCUCUCCUUGGGGAUGACCCCUAUGUCAAAUAUGAGGGUGACGGUGUGCGAUUGUUUGAUUUUGAUUUUAGGAUAUGCUCUGUUUUGCUAUAAUGCUCUACUUACAUCCUCUUUGAUGUAUUUUUGAUAAUCUUUAAUGAAAUGAAAGUUUUGUUAAUGAUAUAUAUAAUAAUGUAUAUAUAUAUCAGACUGUAUUCAGUAUUAUAAAAAUCAGUGUUCUAGAAAAAAAUGAAAAAAAUAAUAAAGACCUAGUUGCCUGGUGA